UUACCCUAAAUUGUGACGUUGUCGUGAAAAAUCUCACAUCAAUUCAAAUUUUUGAUGGGCACCAAAGGAUUGUCGCCGACUCGAGGGAUCACGAAGACAUGGAUUUACACACGGAAUUCAUUCCGUACACGAGCCAACAUCAUCUUUUCAAAGUUUUUCUCACGAAGGAACAAUUUCGCACGUACCGUGAACCCUUUUUCUGUGUGGCAAAUAGUUUGUUUGGCAAAGCCCAAAUGGCGAUAAAUGUCGAUGAGAUUCGUCGUCACAAAGUGACAGAAGAGAAAAAGUUUUCGUAUGCUACUGGUAGAAGAGCAUCCUUUGUGGCAACUGACAUGUCAAAACUUGAAAAAGAUGUUAAAAUACUUGAAGGAGAUAGUUUGAGGUUGUCAUGUUUGGAGCAUGAUUUCCCUCAUCGAGAUGUUGUUUGGUAUAAGGAAAAUCGACCUUCACCGAAUUUCAAAAGCAACGAACUCAUCAUAGAAAAAACAACCAAAGGCGAUCAAGGCACUUACCGCUGUUACAUCGACUCUACCGAACAAAAUCGUUUCAAAGUCACAAUUCUCUCUGAACGUUGCUCUCCAUGGACUUCUUUCACUCCAUGCUCUGUUUCCUGCGGCACAGGAUAUCGUUCUCGCACUCAAAAAUGUCUCAAACCGCCAAAUUUCGUAUGCGACGAAAUCAAUUUCGAAGUUGAAAUUUGCCAAGCUCAUCAUUGCACGAAAAAUCCGGAGCCAGCUUUUCUUAAACAAGGACCUGAAUUGGUUGAAUGGCACGGAAACAGCUUCAAACCGUACAAAGACACGGAAUACGACAAAGAUGGUCCGAAUUGCGCGAAGGGAUUCACGCUGGAUGUCUUUCGGAAACGCUGCGUCGAUGUCAAUGAAUGCAAAAGACGAGAAAAUUGCCCGAAAGGAUUCCGAUGUGUUAACACGAUGGGUAGUUUUAAUUGUGUGCCAUGUCCCAAGGGGUUUUUGGGGAUAAAGGGACGUUGUUUGGAUAUUAAUGAAUGUAGCAUCCGAACUCAUAAAUGCUCACAAAUUUGUGUGAAUACUCAUGGAAGUUAUCGAUGUGCUUGUAAAAAUGGCUUUAAAUUGCAUUCUGAUGGAAAUUUUUGUGAAUAUCAAGGAUUUUAUUGAAAAUCGAUGGACCCGUAAUUUCGU